AGCUGGUAAUCUGGGUACAAGUAUGCGCCAGCGAUGCUACAUGUAGGAGCAGUAUCAACCAUGAGACUACCAUUCAAGAUGGCGGCUGGCAAAGCUGGAAACUUUGUCUGAGAGACGUUAUAAACUUUGGCUCUUCCCACAAUGAGGUUACUAAAACCGGGCUGGGUUUCGCAUGAAGGGAGGCCACUCUUUUCCAUUGACAUUCAUCCUGAUGGUUCUCGAUUUGUUAUUGGUGGUCAAGGAGAUGACUCAGGGAAGGUUACAAUCUGGAACAUGGCACCGGUUCAAAAUGAGGAAGAUGAAAUGAAUGAAAAUGUUCCAAAGUUAUUGUGCCAAAUGGACAACCAUCUUGCUUGUGUGAACUGUGUUCGUUGGUCUUGUGGUGGCAAAUAUCUUGCUACUGGUGGAGAUGACAAACUUAUUAUGAUCUGGCAAAUGGCAAGGUAUUUGGGUCCAACAGCAACAUUCGGUGGAAAUAGUGGCAAAUUGAAUGUAGAACAAUGGAGAUGCGUUUAUACUUUACGAGGUCACACAGGAGAUGUGUUGGACAUGGCGUGGUCACCCGACGACAGCUUCCUUGCAUCAGGAAGUGUUGACAACACAAUCACAAUAUGGAAUGCUCAAAGAUUCCCAGACAUUGUAACUGUUUUAAAGGGACACAGUGGAAUGGUUAAAGGCAUCACGUGGGACCCAGUCGGUAAAUAUCUUGCUUCUCAAUCAGAUGACAAGACUUUAAGGGUGUGGCGAACAUCCGAUUGGCAGCAGGAGAGUGCCGUUAGCGAGCCCUUUGCUGAUUGCAGUGGCACAACACAUGUCCUGCGCAUCAGCUGGUCCCCGGAUGGACACUAUGUGGUGUCGGCACAUGCCAUGAACAAUGGAGGUCCUGUAGCGAAGAUCCUUGAGAGAGAUGGAUGGAAAAUGAAAAUGGAUUUCGUUGGGCAUAGGAAAGCUGUCACAUGUGUGAGAUUUAACCCCAAGCUGUUUGUGAAGAAAAUCGGUGAGGACUCACCCAGACUCAAGCAAUAUUCUUGUUGUGCAAUUGGAAGCAGAGACAGAUCACUUUCAGUAUGGUUAACAUCCCUUAAGAGGCCCCUGGUUGUCAUGCAUGACUUGUUCAAUCACUCAAUCAUGGAUGUGUCCUGGAGUGAUUCAGGAUUUCAGCUGCUGGUGUGUUCCUGGGAUGGAACAGUGGCAUAUGCAGAUUUCACAGCAGAGGAAGUUGGUAGACCAAUGUCAGAGGAGGAAAAGGAAAAGUUUCACAAGCAAGUCUAUGGUGUUAGCAUUAGUAGUAGCAAGUCCAACUUUGCCAGUUCAAUCAUUGAAAAUCCUGAGAUGCUGAAGAUACAGCAGAGGCAUGUUAUGAAGCAACAGACACUAGCCAACACUAACAAACCUCCGGCACCUCCUCCUCCGCUGAUCCCGUCUGGGACACCCACUAAACAGGACUCAUCCACAAUGAAUGGGAGCACUCCCAGUAAAAGUCCUACAUAUUGCUUAACCAGUCCAGUCACCAAAAGCCCAGCAGAUCUUGUUAAUGUGAAGGAGAAACAAGUGGAAACAAGGACAAAAGAUGGCCGCCGCCGUAUAACUCCACUAUUGGUUUCAACCAUGGAAGUUAGUGAUUCACCGCUUCCAUUUGGAGGCUCCUCGACGGCCAUCUCGCCCCCGGGUAAUUCGAACCUGAGCAGUACAUCACAGGCAUCGUCCGCUAUUCCAACCACGAGUCAGACUUUGGUGGCUCUGGACUCUAGAAUUGGGGAAAAUGCGACUACUGGAUUUACAAGCAAAUCUAAAGACAAGACUCCAGAAAAAGUCGAGAUUCUUCCUGUAAAAACCGUCUCCGCUACCAUGAAACCCAUCACGGCAGCAAAAGCUGCCUCUACAACGACAACAACUGCAUCAGUGACAGCUGCGACAACCACGGCUACCACCAUUGCAGUGAAGAGAAAGGCAGAUGCUCCUACAACAUCACAUAGUAAAAGAGCAAGGAAAGAUGGCAGCACUUCUGGUUCAAAGGGUUCCAGUAGCUCAAGUACGUCCAAACAGAGAGAUGAUAGAACAGACCAAGAGGAAAGUGUUGAUGCUUCUUCGCACAUAAGGCACUCUGUCGCCAUUCCUUACCCGACUCCACAGAAAAGCCUCACAAUGCAGAUCAAAGGUUCUGGAGGCGAAUCUGCCCUUACGCUGGACUUAGAUAACAACUUGGCUAGCCAGGGACCCAGAGUGCAUGUCCUGAAGUGCGGUACCGCUGGUAACCCACUAUGGGAGACCGUUAUAAUGAGCCCUGGUAUAGCCCUGGCUGGUAAUCGGCAAGUGAUCUGUGUUGCUUGUGAGAACAGAAGUAUCGACAUGUUUUCAUCCACUGGACGAAAAAUCCUGCCAUCCAUGGUGUUAGACUCGCCAGCCUCCAUUCUGCAGUGCAGUCGUCAUUACGUCAUGGUCGUCACCUCCUCUGGAGGAGUGUUCGUUUGGGACACGAAGAGGGUCGCUGCUGUGCUGAAAAACGAGCCAGUUCUUCCACUCUUAUCGGGUCCUGAUAUCACCAUCACCCGAGCCUCAAUAUCAGAACGCGGGUUUCCCAUCAUCACUUUGUCCAAUCAUGCUUCGUACUCCUUUGACACAUCCGUCGGGGCCUGGGUACAGCUAAUCUAUGCUGAAGACCUCUUGGCCAUCAACUCCGACCAUCAAUCUGUAGCACCAUCCCAAGAUCCUCUACAGGCAAAGGGACCUCUUGCCCAGCUCCAAGGGCAGAAUUCCAGGUUCGGUCGUCAGUCCUCGAGAAUGUUCCGCUCCAAUCCAGGAAGACAACAGUCUGCGACUGCAGUUCACUUGGAGAACCAGUUGUCGUCAUGCGUCGCAUUGGGGUCUGGUAAAGAGUACUACUUCUGGCUGACAACGUACGUACGGUAUCUUUCUCAAGCAGGCUUUGAAUCACGGUUAAGGGAAGUCUGUGAGGAGCUGCUUGGACCACCCCACAGAUCGGUAGGACCUCAGGAUAAGAGCUCUAGUUGGAACCCAUCUAUACUGGGAUACCAGAAGAGAAACCUUUUACGCGAACUGUUACCUCAUAUUGGGACAAAUAUUCGUUUACAGAGACUCUUCACGGAAUUCAGAGAACAGCUAGACGCGCUCAACGUGCGGUAAAGUACUGAUGUGUAUUGUAAAAUGAACUUUUUGAGGCCUACCUUACACUACAGUUGAAUAGAUAGCGUGGCGUAUAACGAAUGUCACGCACCACGUGGCUCACAUCACGCGUCACGGAAGCCAGAUGUCUGGAGGUCGAUCACGUAGUUUCUCCCGCGACGUUGGUGACGUGUAUCCGCUGAUAAACAGCGUUGUGUACGUUUGGCUCACAAACAGGCGACAGAAAAAAAACAUUGCUUAGGACAGACUUGGUUAUUUGUCUUGCGGUUCCUUCGUUUGUCUCCUCUUUACGCUUGGACAAGGACUUGAUAACUUUCCGUGCGCUGUUGAGGCGUGGUAAUAGGGAGUUUACGAAACCACGACGGCGACGCCGAGGGCAACGUGGAAUAAGAAAUGAAUUUAUAUUUUAC